AUGUUCGACUAUGCAUGGCCGGCGAGCAGUGCGGUAUCGUGGACGCAGCUUACGCUGACCGAUACGUACCAAGCCGAGGUCGGGCAUACGACCCAGCUGCGGGCAGCUGUAGAAUCGAUGCUAGCGCGGGGCGUUCAGGCGCCAUUGCCUGUCGUCCAGGCCGUGAGUGAGUACCUUCCGUAUCUGGUCGGCUUGGCGUACUGCAUUGAGCAUGAUACUGUGCUACUUCGGCAAGAGCCGGAGAGUACAUGGCGCUCGAUUCUCGCGCCGCAAAACAAGGUCGUGGUACGUGGCAUCGACGGCGAGCAAGGUUGUCUGUAUACCCUCUAUGCCAUAGCCCUGUGCAACGAGGCCAAGACCAUGGUCGAUGCGCUGGGCAUGUACGAGUGUGAUGCGAGCUAUACGACGCAGGAACGGCGUGGCCGGGACGAGCGGCUGAAAGUAGCGACGGAUAUGCUCUGCCGCGCCAGUGGAGUAUGGGACGCGAUCGCGACGUCGCACUUGCCUGCAUACCAAGCCCAUGCAUCGACGGCCAGUGCGCCUGAACUCAAUGCAGAAGGCGCUCAAGGUAUGGCAAAACUCGCGCUGGGCGAUGCGCAUGCGCUGGCCAUCCGCAAACUCAAAGCGCCUGCCAAAGGGCGCGCGACCGAUCUCGGCACGGCCGGCCCUCCGCUGCCCGCCGACCAUCCUUCCGCGUCGCUGCUGGCGAAAUUGCAUCUACAUACCUCUCAUCUCUACGACCAGGCACAUGCCCUCGUCACACAGAGCCUCGGCAUGGAAGCCAAGACGCCCAUCGCGAAAAUCAAAGCGUACCUGCAUACCCUGCGCCUGGACUCCAGCAGCCGUGGCGACGGUGUAGGCGCCUGGCUGCGCUAUGCGCAUACCGAGGCGGUGUGGCACAAGUGCCUUGCAUUCAAGUGGCUCGGCAUUGAUGCCGGCGAGCAUGCACACAAUAUCGGCUGGGGCAUUGCGUACCUCACGUUGGCCCUUCAUACCCUCGCGCAGAUCAUGCCGAGCGAUACCAGUGCGAAACUACGACGGACGAAGGACUCGUACGAUUGGUACGUGCAUGAGCACGCCAGCAUCAAGCGGUGGCUCACGGCGUACCAACGCACCAACGAGGCGGUGGCCUUUCAGCGCAUCCCCACCGCCGACGAAGUGCAGCUGUACAUGUCGGAAGGACGCGCGGCGCUGGCGCCGAAAACGUUCACGCUGACGCCCGCCUUUGGUAGGCAGCCGUCGACUGUGACGACGAUGUCGACAACGUCAACAACGUCAACGACGACCGACACGCCACGGACCUAUGCCGGCGCCGAUGCCUACUACUAG